AUGGCCAUCGCAGCUUUUGCGGCACAGCUGCGCGAGGGCUUCGAGGAGGCUGGCUUGGAUGGUCAGACAUGCGAGUUCGAUGAGGCAUCAGGGCAGAUGAUUCUCCACGGCGACAUCACCCGCGUGGUGCCUGUUGGCAUGCUUUUCGCGCACUUUGCUGCCUGCAAGGAUGAGGAGGCGAAGCACAAGUUAGUCCGAGCAGUCCUCGAGGCCUUUGCUGAUGGCCGCGCGGAUGCCCCAAACGAGCUUCACAGCUGUGGAGAGCGCCUUCUGCCCCAGCUAUGGCCGGCCACAAAGAUUUCAGCGCGCCAGCAGACCUUGCCAACAGGCUUCGACCUGCCCCACUGCGCUCUCCAUGGAGAGGCGCCUCCACUGAAAGCGGAGUUGGGAGUGGUUCUCGUGUGCCAGCGCUCGGGCAAAGCCGCAUGA